AUGAGGGCAUGGGAGUUGGACUCCAGUUUCUGUUAAUGAAGUUCGAUACUGUGUCGCGCCAACUUCAAAGAAUGGAAGGAAAGCUUCAGAGUGUGGAAGACAACGUGAAAAGUGUGAAAGACAAUCUACAGAGAGUGGAAGACCAGAUGCAAAAUUCGGAAAUCAAGAUGCUUCAAAUUGAGAACAAUAUCCUGGAACAUCGAUCCAGACAAGAAAAAAGUGAAAAAGAAAUGAUCGUCGCGCUGCAUACACUGGAAAAUCAACUCGCGGUUAAUUUAAGUGGGCUUCACGACAACAUCCUGGAUUAUAGAUCUAGUCAAGAUAAGAACUAUAAAGAAAUGUUCGCAGUGAUUGAGAAAAUAGAACAUCAAAUCGCACUGAAUUUGACCGAGGCAACCCAGCAACCUCCGUUUUCCUCGCGCAAAGAUAUUCCAUCGAAAGUGUCUGGAACAUAUCUGAUCCGUGUAAAGAAUGAUAGUGAACCCUUCAAAGUGUAUUGCGAACAGAAAGCUUUCGGUGGUGGAUGGAUAGUGUUUCAGUACCGUUACGACGGAUCACUGGACUUUUACCGAGGCUGGGAUGAGUUCCGCGACGGAUUUGGUGAUUUGAACAAAGAGUUCUGGUUGGGUCUUGAAAAGGUCCACCAGAUAACAAGAGACCGGAAGCACGAACUGAUUGUUGAAUUGCAAGAUUUUAGUGGAAAUUACAAAUACGCGCGGUAUGAUGCAUUCGAAAUAGGUAGUGAGAGUGAGCGAUACAACCUGAAGGUUCUUGGAAAGUAUAAUGGAACUGCAGGUGAUGCAAUGUCAUAUAGUAUGGGUAGGAAGUUCUCAACCAAAGAUCGGGAUAAUGAUGCUUGGAACACCAUACAUUGUGCACAGAUCUACGAAGGUGCAUGGUGGCACUCUGAUUGUACCUUAGCGAAUUUGAACGGGCGUUACACCAAUGCAAUCAAUGAUAAAUCAAUGCAUUGGUAUUAUUUCAAAAGCAACUGGCAAGGAUUGAAAUACUCGCGAGCUAUGAUCCGUGAGUUGGAUUAG